AUGAAACAGACUACCGCAACUUUCACCGUCGUCGUGACAUUCUGCCUGCUCGCCGGAGUCAAUGCCUUCACCCUACGCCAGCAAAAGAUGGUCAGCAUCUUCGCCCUGGAGUGCAUGGCCGAGACGGGCAUCGAUGCGUUGUCGGUGUCGAAGCUGCGCGACGGUGAUCUAACCGCCAACGAUCGGACGGCGAAAUGUUUCAUGAAAUGUUUCUUCGAGAAGGAAAGCUUCAUCGACGCGGAGGGUCAGUUGCAGCUGGAUGCCAUUGCCGGGGCACUGGAGAAGGAUUACGAGCGGGCGCAAAUCGACGAAAUGCUGGUGAAGUGUGGCGUGCAGAAGGAGGAUCCCUGUGAGACUGCAUUCCAUGCGUACGAGUGCUACCAUGACUACUAUCAGAACCAAUAA